AAUCAGGACAUGGACGGUAGACUAGAGUUAAACGUGACAGUUCCUCAGUGCCAGCCAGUCUCUCUCUCGGCUUCCUCGUUCGCUUGUCCUUCGGCUUCAGGUUCUUAUUCUUUGAAGUGGAGGGACGGGAAAACUAUGAGCCGCCUGCCGAAAUGGAGGAAAGUGACCAAGAAGCUUAGACAGAAUCUCCUCUUGAUCGUCACCGUCGUCGGGGUUUUCACGGGCGUCAUCUUGGGAUUUGGGCUUCGAACAUUGGAGCCGUCGAGGACCACAAUUUUAGUCAUCUCAUAUCCGGGUGAAAUAUUUAUGCGCCUGCUGAGGCUCAUGAUCUUGCCCCUGGUCAUCUCUUCCCUCGUCUCGGGAUCGGCAAGCUUGAAUGCGAAGAUGAACGGAAAGAUCGCGAUGAGGACGAUCGCCUGGUUCCUCGCCACCAGCUUCUUGAACGCGAUAAUCGGGACGCUUCUGGCGAUCGCCAUUCGACCGGGAUGGGGACUGUCGGAGGAACUAGCGAGCAUGAAGCCCGACCGAAAGGACGACGUCUCCAUCCUGGACUCCUUCCUCGACCUCGGAAGGUUGACGCCGGUGGGGGUGGCGUGCAUCAUAUGCGGAAAGAUCUUGGAAAUGAAGGACGUGUCGAUGAUCGUGAGUCAAUUGGGCCUGUUCAUAGCAGCCGUCCUAAUCGGGGUCUUCCUCUACCAAUGGAUCAUCCUUCAACUCUUUUAUCUCCUCCUCGUCCGCAAGAAUCCCCUUCCGUUCUACUUUGGCCUGGCGCAGCCCUGGCUCAUCGCCUUCGCCACCGCCUCAACGUAUGAACUCCACUCCCCACUGGACUCACCAGACUGGACCGGCGUGAUGGGGGAUAUUCAUUCCCCUCCUGGUCCCUGGAGAUAUCGGGCGGUGGCGUUGCCGGUGACAUUGAAAUGCAUGGACAAGAUGAGAAUCGACCACCGGGUGACGAGAUUCGUCCUUCCCAUCGGAGCAACGGUGAAUAUGGAUGGAACUGCUCUCUUCGUCUCCAUCGCUUCCAUCUUCAUCGCACAGAUGACAAAUGUUCCCCUUGGCAUCGGCGAUUACGUCACCGUCGUAGUGACGUCGACGGCAGUAAGCGUGGCAGCGGCUAGCGUUCCUUCGGCCGCCCUCGUCCUCAUGCUCAUGGUCCUCGGCGCCAUCGAUGUCCCCUCGGAAAAUGUCUCUCUCCUCUUCACUAUCGACUGGUUCGUAGACCGAUUUCGGACGACGAACAAUAUGCUGGGCGACUGCUACACAGCUGCCAUCGUGGAACACUAUUCCCGGAAUGAACUACCGCCUGACAAAACACACGAUCCCUCCUACUUGCAAAACGAUCAGCAGGAGUCGAAACCGCUGAACAGGGCGUCGACAGAAGAUAUCGAAGAUGCAUCCUUGGCCAUCACCAAAGUCUAAUUCCUUCCAUCCAGACUACUUUGAUGUAAAAGAACGCCGAGGAGGCACAGAGUGAAAUGAGACUUUCCCGCCCUUACUCUUCCGGGUGAAGGAGUGAGUGGGUUGUGUCUCGUAUGAGAGGAGACGAGGAAGCACUCGCUGCCACUCCAUCUUCUGUGCUCACAGCUUUUUAUUCUCACUUCAGCAUUCACUGUGGCCUUCUCGUGAAACAUUUUCAAGCGAAGCUUUUGUAAGCCCAUGUUUGGUCCUAGAGCUACGUCUAUG